GAAAGAACUCCUUUUCAUGAACCACAUUAUCCGUUUGUUGAAGUAGAAAAGCAAGAAUCAUUCAUCAUGCCUGCUGUAGCUUCAGUUCCUAAAGAACUCUACCUCAGUUCUUCACUCAAAGACCUCAAUAAGAAGACAGAAGUUAAACCUGAGAAAACCAGCACCAAGAAUUAUAUACACAGCGCUCAGAAGAUUUUCAAGGCAGCAGAAGAAUGCAGACUAGAUCGUGAUGAGGAAAGGGCCUACGUGCUUUAUAUGAAAUAUGUGGCGGUUUAUAAUCUUAUCAAAAAGAGACCUGAUUUCAAGCAACAGCAGGACUAUUACCUUUCAAUACUUGGACCUGCAAACAUCAAAAAGGCUAUUGAAGAAGCUGAAAGACUCUCUGAGAGCCUCAAACUGAGAUACGAAGAGGCUGAAGUUCGGAAACAGCUUGAAGAAAAGGACAGACGGGAGGAAGAACAGCUGCAGCAACAGAAAAGGCAGGAGAUGGGAAGAGAGGAUAGUGGUGCGGCGGCCAAACGCUCCGUGGAAAAUUUACUGGAUUCCAAAACCAAAAUCCAAAGGGUCAAUGGAGAGAAGAGCGAAGGAGGUGCAGCAGCAGAGAGAGGAGCAGUCACAGCAAAGGAGCUAUAUACAAUGAUGAUGGAUAAAAACACAAGCCUGAUUAUAAUGGAUGCUCGGAAAAUACAGGAUUAUCAGCAUUCCUGUAUCUUGGGCUCUCUCAGUGUUCCUGAAGAAGCUAUCAGUCCAGGAGUCACUGCCAAUUGGAUUGAAGCAAAGCUUUCAGAUGAUUCUAAAGACACGUGGAAAAAAAGGGGGAGUGUGGACUAUGUGGUCCUGCUGGACUGGUUUAGUUCAGUGAAAGAUUUGCUGCUCGGGACCACGCUACGGAGUCUGAAAGAUGCUCUUUUCAAGUGGGAAAGUAAAGCUGUCCUGCGCCAUGAGCCCUUGGUGCUGGAGGGUGGCUAUGAGAACUGGCUCCUGUGCUAUCCACAGUUCACAACAAAUGCUAAGGUUACUCCACCCCCUCGGAGCAGGCCUGAAGAGGUGUCUGUCUCAUUGGAUUUUACUUAUCCCUCACUGGAAGAACCAGUUCCUUCCAAACUUCCUGCCCAGAUGCCACCUCCUCCUUUAGAAGAAAAUGAGAAGGCACAACUGGUAACUGAUCCAGAUGGUAAACCGAGACCGUUAGUCCAGUCGGCUCUAGCCGGACCCAGUGUGGCUCCCAAAGCUGAAGCUUCACCCAUAAUUCAGCCAGUGCCUGCUACAAAGAAUGUUCCACAGGUUGAUCGUACAAAAAAACCAGCAGUUAAGUUGCCUGAAGAUCAUAGAAUAAAAUCUGAAAGUACAGAUCAGAAUGGAAGAGUUCUUUCUGACCGAUCCACCAAGCCAGUAUUUACCCCUCCAGCCACCAUGUUAACAGAUGAAGAAAAGGCUCGCAUUCAUGAAGAAACAGCCCUUCUUAUGGAAAAGAAUAGACAGGAGAAGGAACUGUGGGAAAGGCAGCAGAAGGAACAGAAAGAGAAGCUGAGAAGGGAGGAACAAGAGCGCAAAGCUGGAAAGACCCAGGAUGCAGAAGAACGGGACUUCACUGAGAAUCAGCACAAAGCAAAGGAUGGACAAGAGAAGAGAGACAGCAAACAGACCAAGGCGGAAGACAGAGAGCCCCCAGCAGAUGGGGCCCAGGACGCCACAGGAACGCAAAGACAAAGUAAGAGUGAACAUGAUGCUUCCGAUGCUAAGGUAUCUGUGGAAGGUAAAAGGUGUCCCAUGUCAGAAGUGCAGAAGAGGCCAGCAGAUGUGUCGUCUGCAUCCUCCAUGUCGGGAGAGCUGAGUGCAGGCAAGGCUCAGCGAGAACCUUUGACAAGAGCAAGAAGUGAAGAAAUGGGGAGAAUUGUGCCAGGACUGCCUUUAGGCUGGGCCAAGUUUCUUGAUCCAAUCACUGGGACUUUUCGUUACUACCAUUCACCCACAAACACGGUUCACAUGUAUCCGCCUGAGAUGGCUCCUUCAUCUGUGCCUCCUUCCACCCCUCCCACUCACAAAGUCAAGCCCCAGAUCCCUGCCGAGCGGGACAGGGAGCCAUCUAAACUGAAGCGCUCCUACUCCUCACCAGACAUCACUCAGGCCCUGCAGGAGGAGGAAAAGAGGAGGCCAGCAGUGACCCCGACAGUCAACCGGGAGAACAAGCCGCCGUGUUACCCUAAAGCUGAGAUCUCGAGGCUUUCUGCUUCUCAGAUUCGGAACCUCAAUCCCGUUUUUGGAGGAUCUGGACCAGCUCUUACUGGACUUCGUAAUUUGGGAAAUACUUGUUACAUGAACUCAAUAUUACAGUGCCUGUGCAAUGCUCCACAUUUGGCUGAUUAUUUCAACCGAAACUGCUACCAGGACGAUAUCAACAGGUCAAAUUUGUUGGGGCAUAAAGGUGAAGUGGCAGAAGAAUUUGGUAUAAUCAUGAAGGCACUGUGGACAGGACAGUAUAGAUACAUCAGUCCAAAAGACUUUAAAGUCACCAUUGGUAAGAUUAAUGACCAGUUUGCAGGAUCCAGCCAGCAAGAUUCACAAGAGCUGCUUCUGUUCCUCAUGGAUGGCCUCCACGAGGAUCUGAAUAAGGCUGACAAUCGGAAGAGGCAUAAGGAAGAGAACAAUGACCACCUCGAUGACUUUAAAGCGGCAGAACAUGCCUGGCAGAAGCACAAGCAGCUCAACGAGUCCAUUAUUGUUGCACUCUUUCAGGGUCAGUUCAAAUCCACAGUGCAGUGCCUCACCUGUCACAAGAAGUCUCGGACAUUCGAGGCUUUCAUGUAUUUGUCUUUGCCACUAGCAUCCACAAGUAAAUGUACUUUACAGGACUGCCUUAGAUUAUUUUCCAAAGAAGAAAAGCUUACAGAUAACAACAGAUUUUACUGCAGCCAUUGCCGAGCUCGGCGGGAUUCUCUAAAGAAAAUAGAAAUCUGGAAAUUGCCUCCUGUGCUGUUAGUACACCUGAAACGAUUCUCCUAUGACGGCAGGUGGAAGCAGAAACUGCAAACAUCCGUGGAUUUCCCAUUAGAAAAUCUUGACCUGUCACAGUAUGUUAUUGGCCCAAAAAGCAGUUUGAAGAAAUAUAACUUGUUUUCUGUUUCAAACCACUACGGCGGGCUCGAUGGAGGCCACUACACGGCCUACUGUAAAAACGCGGCGAGGCAGCGCUGGUUUAAGUUUGAUGACCACGAGGUUUCGGACAUCUCCGUGUCUUCUGUGAGGUCGUCAGCAGCUUAUAUCCUGUUUUACACCUCCCUGGGGCCACGCAUGACUGAAGCAGCCACAUAACAAGGCGUAGGGUAUGGGGUGACAUUUCUACAUUGCAGCAGCACAUCUAAUGCUUAGAGAUCAUGGCUCGCUGCAGCCGCUAUGCAGAGGAGCCCAGAACACUGGGGGCUGUGCUACUAGCACCAUAGAAUUCAGGUCAGUGCUGUUUAUCAAAAAAGAAAGAAAAAACCCUGACAUUUAACAACUAUCAUAGUGCACAUUCCUUACAGGAAUCAUUUAUUUCAAAACAAUUUUUUGAGUCUGCCCCAAAGUUAAAUAAUUCAUUAGCCAGACAUUUAUUAUUCUAUUGGUACCAAACCAUUGUAACCUCCAUUUUCCUAUCCACUGCUCUAGCCUCUUCCUACUUCUGUCCCAGCUCGACCCACUGAACUCUCUAGAAUGGCCUAACCCAGAUAGGAAUGUAUGUGUACAUAUUUACUGCACUGCUGCACAUCAGACCACUGUACAUACUUAACAGAUCCUCUGUGGACACCUAGAAAGCAUCCGUCCUUCCCACCUCUUCUAGGUAGCUGCAAUGCUUCCUUAGGGAAAUGACAGGGCAAAAUUAUUUUUCUGUUGGCUUCCGGCUGUAUUUGUGCACUAAAUCUUUAUUCUAAAAAAUGGAAACUUUAAUUUUUUAAAAAUAAUUCAUUUACAUCUACAUUAAAAUCUUAACGAGGAAAACUCAUUUGAAA